GGUGGACGCCCUAACGCCCGUGAGUGUCCCCCUCCUCCAGGCACCCGGGUAUACAGCCCCCCCGAGUGGAUCCGCUACCACCGCUACCACGGGCGCUCGGCAACGGUGUGGUCUCUGGGCGUGCUGCUCUAUGAUAUGGUGUGUGGGGACAUUCCCUUCGAGCAGGACGAGGAGAUCCUUCGAGGCCGCCUCUUUUUCCGGAGGAGAGUCUCCCCAGAGUGCCAGGAGCUCAUUCAGUGGUGUCUGUCCCUGCGGCCCUCGGAGCGGCCCUCGCUGGACCAGAUCUCUGCACACCCCUGGAUGCUGGGGGCCGAGGGGGGCCCUGCGGAGAGCUGCGACCUGCGGCUCUGCGCUCUGGAUGUGGACGACGGGGCCAGCACCACCUCCAGCAGUGAGAGCUUGUGAGGAGGAGCCCGGGCCUGGCUUGUGGGAGCCGGAGGGACCGACCCCGCCUGGGCUGUCUGCUUCUUGCAAAAGCGGUGACCUCUGACUCCCGGUGACCUUUGCCUUUGGCACCGGGCUGUUUCCUUUGCUUUGAGUGCCUUUUCGAACGCUGCUCUCACGGGACUUGGUCUUCUCAAGCUCUGUCUGUCCAAAGACGCUCCGGUCGACGUGAGGUCUGGCCUGGGCUGGGCAGGGGCACGACCCUGAGACUGUCCCUCCCUCGCGCUGCUGUGGGAGGCAGCCAUGCCGGCCCUCAGCGCCUCCCCCGUCGCACCGUGUUGGACCAGGAGCAUGUCCUGUGGCCUCAUCUCACCGGGGCGUAGGCUCCCUUGUGCCCACCCCUCGCGCCCGCCUGUCUCCGGUGUUCGUCUGGGCAAGUCUGCACAAGCAAUGCAACGUCGGGGCGUCUGCUGCCUGCGCGCGUGCACGCGGGGGGUGUGCGCCCGCGCACGUCUAUUUAUGGUCUGAUCCUGCGGAGGGCUAUUUAUUGUUUAAUUUAUUUGUGGAGGUUCCCGCUUGCCAGCGCCCCCACCUUCUUCAGGCCCCGGAGUGGGGAGCGUGGCGGUGUGUGGACCCCAGGUCCUGAUCCUACCUGUGUCUGUCGGAAGAUGGACUUGUACAGUGGCUAAUUUAAGGGGCGAGGGUGACUCCGCCGCCCGUGGCUCUGUGCCUCGGGGGGAGUGGGGUGGGGGUGGGUUUUAAAUUAUUGACCUUGUACAGUCUGCUUGUUGGCUCUGCAGGCGGGGGGGUGGGGGGACAGAGUCUCAAGCCUUUAAUUUAUUGUAGCAGCUGUGUUUCUGUGACCUCGGUGUGUGUAGGCAUCGAGGGUGGGGCUUUCUUUCAGUUCAGAAGUGAGAUGUCUGGAGAUCAUAUUUUUUAUACAGGUAUUUCAAUUAAAUUGUUUUGUAUAUAACA